GGCGCCGUAUAAAUUUGCUCUAAAAUCAUCGAUUUCGACCAGAAACAACUGUCUUGAUACUAAUUUGGUGAUUUUUCAUUUGCUCCCUCGCAGCCAGAAUCAAGGAAAUUGGUGGCUACUUUGCAUCUCGAAACAUUUUCCUUCAUCAAUUACAGUUCACAGGCUUGACAGGGUAAAGAUGGAUCAUUUUGUGCUUACCUUUCGCCCCAAGGAAGAAUCUUCUGUCCCACAAAGACAGGUAUCGAAUGCUUUUCAACCUCGAAUGCCUACCAUCAAUGAAUAUGCCACUUUGACUGUCGGAACCUCUAGUACGAUUAAACAUCCUCUUGGUACCUCAAGUCUUGAUGGAGGAAACUAUGGAGCUCCUGCCUGUGCCAUAGAUUUCAUUGACGCGAUCUUACCAUCUACCUCUCUAAGCCCACUAGGAUUUACCAAGCCAUUAUCUGGUCAACCAAUCUCGGUCAAAAUACCUACUACCAAUGCUGUUUGUACAUCUUGGUGUGAGUACACGAUGCAGUAUAUGACGUACGAUCCUACAACAGGCAUGCAAGUCUUGCCAAUCCCAGUCGAUCUAUUGGCUAGAUUCAUCAUCGAAGAAGCCAUCAAAGCCGAUACUCCUCUACAAAAGCUUGCCCAUAUCUGUUUGGUUAAAUACUCUUGUUAUGAAAAAGGAUCUCGUGAGUCGGAAGUCGUGAGUUUGGUUUGGGGGUUGAUUCAGAAACAUGUACAUUGAUAGGGUCAAUCCUCAACCUGGGGUUUACUUUGUGUUUCGGAUUGUUGAGGAUUAUGAGGUCGGGGUUUGGGACAUUGAACAGCAGAAUCAUGAUAGAGAGUGUAAUUAAUCAAUUUAGAGGCAUAUUUGGGUGAUUACUUGGGUAUUGGUUCGAUUAAUUGGGCGUUUGAGGAUCUCCGUGAGUUCUUAUCGAUGGUAUUUAUUGAGAUGUUUUUGUGCUACAUUGAGAAGAAAUUGGUUGGUCCUAGUCAAAUAAUCUUGUGAAUACAAUAAAUGAGAUCAGGCA